AUGUCGAUUACAACGGCCCUGAAGGGCGAAUCGCCCCAGCAGGCAAGGUCGCUGUUCCGACAGCUACUGCGCCAGAGCUCCCAGUUCAGCUCAUACAACUUCAGAGAGUACGCGCGGCGGAGAACGAGGGACGCCUUCCGCGAGCACCAGGCCGAGCAGGACCCCAGGCAGGUGCAGGAGCUUCUUCAGAAGGGGUUGAAAGAGCUGCAGAUGAUGAAGCGCCAAACGGUCCUUGGCCAAUUCUACCAUAUGGAUCGGUUAGUCGUAGAGACAGGCAUGGCGGGGAAGGAAACAGGGAAAUCAGGAGACAUUUCGAGGCAGAAGGACACUGGCUGGGACUAG